CUAACACACACCAUUUAAAGUUUACUUCACCCUUUAGUACACCUGACCAAAAGCCCUUGAAACUUCAUGACUCUGAAGAACUUUGAGAAGAAACUGGUAAAAUGGCCUUCUCAUCUGUGACCACUCAACCUCUUCCCUUUGGUCUAGAGAGAGAGAAACACAUUGACAUGAUCUUCAGGGCUUUCCACAGGCAGGUUAGACCUACAGAUGAACCGCAGAACGUUUCUCUCGUGGUCCAGGCUGCAAGUCCCGAAGAGACAGAGAUAGACAGUGAGGAUAAAAGACUUGGAAAACUAGAUGUACUGAGAACAGUCACACGACUCCACAUUACUGCCAGACCAGAGCUGCAAGGUCCACAGUGUGUAGCCCGAAGAGCAUACAGCAUUUCCACAGAAACCAGAGAUCAAAUAUUUGUGGCUGUAGAGGAGAGCUCUUGUGUUUGUGUGCAGUUCUGCGGUCCAGCUCGCUCAUGCUCAUUACAGGGCUUUGACAAAGAUUCAGAAUGCGUCUUUUUGUUUGAGAGGCCCUUGAGAGCAGAGGUGUGCUGGCUUGGAUGUUGCCUGAUGGAAAUGAGAGCAUUCACGCCUGACAGACAACUGAUCGGGACAGUCUAUCAAAGGUGGAGUAUGUUCACGCCAUAUUUUGAGGUCUGUGACUCUGAGGGCAUCUCGACUGUGAGGAUUCAGGGUUCCUACUAUAACACACGAUGUCUCUCCGAGCAGGAGCUCCAGGUGGUAUCAACUAUUGGUGAGACCAUUGGGCGAAUAUGGAAGAGGUGGCCUGGAUAUAGAGAAGAAUGCAACAUGGAUCAUGAGUAUUUCGGACUGGAUGUACCUCAAGGAAUGAAUCUAAAAGUCAAAGUGCUGUUGCUAGCUGCUACCUUUCUUCUGAAUCAUAUGUUUUUUGAGAUGAGCUAAGUGGAACAACAAAAAUUUCUGGACUGCAAACGUCACGGACACAUCACAUCUGUGUGAAGAUAGCAUUAUGAAAUGUGUGAAUCAUAGCUAAAUGGAUUGCACUGCAUCAUGUUUCUAUGACAGCUACACUGAAAAAAUAAUUUUGUUACUUGU